GCCACCACCUCACUCACCAUUUCCGCAGCAGCAGUUCCAUCAAAUACCACACUCUCUGCGGCCGCUGCCGUUGCUGCGUCCUCUGUUCUUAAUCAUUCUUCAAUCUCUCCUCCAUUAAAUCCACCACCAGAGCAGCCCAGUGACUUCCAGCCAGGUACAUUUUUCGGCCAAAAGCCUGCCACCACCAGUCGAUUCCUCCUCUUUGCUCGAGUUCCGAGCGCCUCCAUUUACUGAGCCCCGCCCGCCUUCCACAGCAUUAAUUAAAAGGCUGGCCGGCGGCCGCGUCAGUGCUGCAGCGACCGCAGCGAAACUGAGUUCUCAGGGAAAGGUAACAAGUUCGUUAGAUCGCGAACUUGUUCGGGACGGUGAAGCUCGGAGGCCGAGGAGAAGAUGCAGGCGCAGAAGCAAGCGGAGGAGGCGGCCAUCGUGGCGGCGACUGGCAUUAGUAGCUCCGGCAAUGAAACGGAGGAAGGCGGCGGCCGCGGCGGAGGGGACGGCGGCGAUGGGAAGGAGGAAGACGGUCGCGGAUUCAGCAUGAAGGACAUGCUCUGGCACGGUGGCUCCGCCUGGGACGCCUGGUUCAGCUGCGCCUCUAAUCAAGUGGCGCAGGUGCUGCUGACGCUGCCCUACUCGUUCUCGCAGCUGGGGAUGCUGUCGGGGGUGAUCUUGCAGCUGUUCUACGGGCUCCUCGGAAGCUGGACGGCGUACCUCAUCAGCGUCCUCUACAUCGAGUACCGCACCCGCAAGGAAAAGGAAAACGUCAGCUUCAAGAAUCACGUUAUCCAGUGGUUCGAGGUGUUGGAUGGGCUACUGGGGUCGUACUGGAAGGCCGUCGGUCUCGCCUUCAACUGCACCUUCCUCCUGUUUGGCUCCGUUAUCCAACUCAUUGCUUGUGCCAGUAAUAUUUACUACAUCAAUGAUCGGCUGGACAAGAGGACAUGGACCUACAUAUUUGGAGCCUGCUGCGCCACCACCGUCUUCAUCCCUUCCUUCCACAAUUACAGGAUCUGGUCCUUCCUUGGCCUCGGCAUGACCACCUACACCGCCUGGUACCUCGCCAUCGCCGCCAUCGUCCACGGACAGGCGGACGGCGUGACGCACUCCGGUCCAACCAAACUGAUGCUCUACUUCACCGGCGCCACCAACAUCCUCUACACCUUCGGCGGCCACGCCGUCACCGUCGAGAUCAUGCACGCGAUGUGGAAGCCGCAAAAGUUCAAGUACAUUUACUUGCUGGCGACGCUGUACGUGUUCACGCUGACGCUGCCCUCUGCGGCGGCCGUGUACUGGGCGUUCGGCGACGAGCUGCUGAACCACUCCAACGCGUUCUCGCUGCUGCCCAAGUCGAGGUGGCGGGACGCGGCGGUGAUCCUGAUGCUGAUCCACCAGUUCAUCACCUUCGGCUUCGCGUGCACGCCGCUAUACUUCGUGUGGGAGAAGGUGAUCGGGAUGCACGACACCAAAAGCAUGUGCGUCCGCGCCGUCGCGCGCCUCCCCGUCGUCGUCCCCAUCUGGUUCCUCGCCAUCAUCUUCCCUUUCUUCGGCCCCAUCAACUCCGCGGUCGGCGCCCUCCUCGUCAGCUUCACCGUCUACAUCAUCCCCGCCGUGGCCCACAUCCUCACUUACCGCACCCCCGCCGCGCGCCAGAAUGCCGCGGAGAAGCCGCCCUACUUCCUCCCGAGCUGGACGGCCAUGUUCAUCGUCGACGCCUUCAUCGUGGGGUGGGUUCUGGUGGUCGGGUUCGGGCUCGGCGGGUGGGCGAGCAUGACCAACUUCGUGAGGCAAGUGGACACCUUCGGUCUCUUCGCCAAGUGCUACCAGUGCCCCAAGCCUCUGCCUUCGCCGGCUGCAGGACCGUCCGCGCAGCUGAGCCGCCACUAAACCAUCUACCGACGGCGAUUGAUCGCCGCAUUAAUUUACCUACCUAAUUCAAAGCAACAAAUUUCUUAAAAGUAGCCUUGUUCGAGUUGUGUGUCAUGUUAUAUUUGCUUGUAAUGGAUAGUUGUGCUUGUGUUUGGGAAUCCACAUAGCUAAUGGCGCCAAUGUUUUUUUGGGGGAAA